AUGACUUCAUUCGAAAUGACUAUCCGCACUCUUCGGUGCCUUUCGCAAUUGCCUAAUACCCGAGAACUGCAACCCAAUGCCCACUAUUGUCAAUGUGGCACCGCCCACAUGCGGGUCAGCAUCAUCCAGAACUUGACUGUUAGCUCGGAACUAGCUGCCACCGGUGGGCCGCCACAAGGCCCUAAGUACUGUUACAGGAAGUCAUUAACGCGAACAAGCGCACACACUGCAGACACAUCUCAUGCUUCUUCUUCCCUUCAUCUGGGCUGCUGUCGUCGCAAGGGUUGCUUCACAGUCGCCUGGCUCGUCAUGGCGUAAACCAAACCUCACUACCUCGCGCGAGAACAGGAUUGCUCUCGCUCAAAGAGCGAUCUCGCAGGCGGUCUCGCAGUUCAAUGGCACCAACUCGAUGUUUCCCGAUCCUAGUAAUACAUAUGGCCUCACCGGCGCGGUCUACUCCCAACUCGCUGAAUUCGACCAACUCACAACGCAGUCGAAGUACGCAGACGAUCUCGGGCGAUACUACUCGUCAGCGAAGACGGCGCUCGAGCAGUCCGGGACGAAGAACUUCUCAGGCUUUUAUGUGCUUAACUUUGGCCUGAAUUUCGGGCACGGAGCCAUCGUCGCCUACAAGGCAUAUAAUGAACCGGUGUUUCUUGACUAUGCGAUCCAGUCGUGGUGGGCCGCAGUCCCGUAUACCAUCACGCAGGCGGAACUUAAUCUGGGGGCAAUGGCGUCGAAAAGCUUCGAUUUGAGCCCUUCAUGUCAAGGAGCUACUAUGGCUGGUGGGGCAUUCUGGAGCAAGGACCUGGAAAAUCCCGAGAUUGUUGUUAUCGCCACAGGGUGCGUUAUACCAUCCCUUUACAAUGUUACUGCUUACGUCGAUGACAGUGGUUUCUUUAUCCUCUCCGCCUUGCUCGCCGAAGCCACGUCGAACGUGCUCUAUCUCUCCGCGGCCAUCGAGUCUAUGUCGUUCAUCCGCUCGCAUCUGUACAACGCUCAAGGCCUUGUUCUGGAUGGCAUAUCAGCUCGUGCCAACGACAGCUGCGCAAUAGGCGGUGGUCUCAUGUCCUACAACUCUGGUCUUAUGAUCGAGGGUUUGGCAGUCCUGUAUUCCGUCUCGAAGAACACCUCUUACAUCAAUAUGCUCGAUGAACUCAUAUCCGCAUCGUUUGCAACGACGAGCUGGCAAAACAGUACCGGAAUAAUUCAGCCGGGCGACGGGUCGAUUCCUCGCGGGUUGACAGCUGCGUACCUGCGCAAUGCGACAAGUCCCUCCGUGAGACUGUCGAUUGCUUCGUAUCUUGCUGUCCAGUAUAACGCUGUUGUCGACCUCGCAAAGCAAAACGGAGGUGACGUCUAUGGCGGAGACUGGCACGGGCCCGCAGGCGUUACAUUCGACACAUCGUCCCAAAUUAAUGCAAUUCAAGCUUUAAUCAGCUCUAUUGCUCUCGAUGAACCUGUCCUAUCCUCGUCUCCGAGCGCGAGUAACUUUUCCUUCUUAUCGUCUUCACCCACGGCCACCGCCUCUGCCCCUCCCAGCCCAUCUCCUAAAGCCAAGACAUCCAUUGGUGGUCUUGUAGGUGGAAUUAUUGCUGGAGUUGCUGUUCUUGCAUUGCUACUCGCUCUGCUUCUCUGUUGGAGGUGGAAACAGCGACAAAGUCGGCUUCAGAUGGCCUCCCUCGUAUCCCCACAUCCUGUCGUUGGCAUGGUCGAUGCGUUUACAAGCUUUCAUCCUUCCAGCCACUCAGCCAGUCAAACAGCGUCUUCCCGCUCUGCUUCUGAGUCGCGCAACCCUAAACGGGCAGACAACCUCGGUAUACCUGUUCGGGGAGCUCCGUUGCGUUCUCUCAGCUCUUCGGAGUCCUGGGCAGUCCCACCACCAACCCUGAUUUCUGAGACGACACGCUCAAGCUCAGGCUUGCCGCCGCUUCCUCUCAAACGACAUGUACCGAAUGUUGCUGUCAGCCCGACAAGGGAGGACCCAGAGGUAGCAAAUGAGGAAUUGCCGGAAUAUCGUGCCGCUUAG